GUUCAGGCUAAAGUUAGCACACCCAGGCCAGUAUAUAAGACCCCAGAGGGGAACUACGAUGAUGUCAGUCACAUCAGCGUGGUGUAUACUUCCCCACUUUUGACCAACUGCAAACACUUUGAGAGAUGGCACCCAAGAAGGCCAAGAGGAGGCAGCAGGCAGAGGGCGGCAGCUCUAAUGUAUUCUCCAUGUUUGAGCAGAGCCAGAUCCAGGAGUACAAGGAGGCUUUCACAAUCAUUGACCAGAACAGGGAUGGUAUUAUCAGCAAAGAUGAUCUGAGAGAUGUUCUGGCCUCCAUGGGUCAGCUAAAUGUUAAAAACGAGGAGCUGGAAGCCAUGGUCAAAGAGGCUAGUGGCCCCAUCAACUUCACUGUCUUUCUCACCAUGUUUGGUGAGAAGCUGAAGGGCGCUGAUCCUGAGGAUGUUAUCUUGAGUGCUUUCAAAGUCCUGGACCCUGAGGCUACAGGCAUCAUCAAGAAGGAAUUCCUUGAGGAACUCCUGACCACCCAGUGCGACAGGUUUACCGCUGAGGAGAUGAAAAAUCUUUGGGCUGCCUUCCCUCCAGAUGUGGCUGGCAACGUAGACUACAAGAACAUCUGCUACGUCAUCACACAUGGAGAGGAGAAAGAGGAAGAAUAAUCUCAGUCCAUCAACCAUCUCUCUGCCUCCUCUCAUUGCCACAUCUUGUUACAUUUUCAGUCUCCCCGUGGUCUAUCUGUCCUCUCAAAGAAAGACGUCUCUAAACUGGAGGUCUGUUAGAAUUUGGGCUGUCUGAAUCACAAAUCACAAAAUCUCUGUUCUCUCUGCCAUUGUUUCCCUUCAUAAAUGUAUAAGCAGAAGAGAUAUUUAAAGAGGGUGCAUCUCUGUAACAGAGUGCCACCCUCUCAAUCAAUGUCUCCCAUUUGUUUUCUUGGAGAGACAGAAAUAUUAAGAAAGAAAGACAUUGAGCACUAAGAAAACACAGAGGAUAACAAAGUGCGGAUGAGGAAAAGAAACAAAAGAAAACAUCUUUGUUUUUACUCCCCCACCCCCUGUUUACUCCUCCAUUCCAAAGUCCUAUUUUUUUCCUUUCUCUUAAUUCAUCUCUUUGUCAUCAAAACCACCUCUAACUCAAAGAUAACACAAAUAAAAGCACCUAAAUCUGUCAUA